AUGAGCGAACCCACAAGCUUUCUGUGGCAGACCGACGCCUUCGACGUCGGCUUCACUCAGAAUGCCAACGGCGCCAUUUGCUUGUCUCAACUCCUUCCCAGGGGUUCCCAGAAGCCGGAGCCCAGGAAAUCGCUCUUCAAGUCGCCCGAGGUGCCGCUGGUCAGCGUCAAACUCGUCGGCGAGGGCAACACUUCCGACAAGACGUCAAAGGCUCUAAUAGGAGGCUACCUUUCGGCACGCCUAAAGUACGAGAGCCACGAAGCUGCCCGCAACGGCUCUAUUCAAACGCUCAGAAUCCAUAGCGGAGAUGAGGCCACCAGGAUUCACGUCACGGCUCGCCUGACCGUUUACGGAAGCAUUCCUGUUCUCAAGUCUGAGGUGACCAUCAAGAACCAGUCUCCCGACGCCAAUAUCGCCGUCACUCAGUUGUCUUCGCUAGCUAUCGGCGGCUUGACAAGCUCGCCGAACUGGUUCCACGAGUACACUGUCAUGACCGCCACCAACAGCUGGUUUCGAGAGUCACAGUGGCGCGAGCAUACCUUGCCUGAACUUGGCCUCGACAACAAUGGCAUCUGCGAACUCCCCGAGGGGCACGCUGCCUCCCAGGCUACUUUUGGGCUGGAAAGUCGAGGAUCAUUCUCGACAGGCUCAUAUCUACCCAUGGGACUGUUGAGAUCCAACGACAAUAGAGAUACUUGGCUCUGGCAAAUUGAAAACAAUGGGUCAUGGCGGUGGGAGAUUGGCGACUACAAAGACAGCGUGUACCUGGCGGCUGGCGGACCAACCGGCGUGAGCCACGACUGGAAGCAGAUUCUAGGUCCAGGAGAAGAAUUCACGACCGUGCCAGCUUGUAUUGCGCGAGUCAAUGGCGAUUUCGAAAAGGCAUUCGCAGCCUUGACGGAUUACAGGCGAGUGAUUCGACGGCCACAUCCUGACCACGAAAGGCUCCCAAUUGUGUUCAACGACUACAUGAACUGCCUCAUGGGAGACCCAGAUGAAGACAAGAUCGAAGCUCUACUGGACCCCGUUGUAAGGUGCGGAGCCGAGCAUUUCGUCAUUGACGCAGGCUGGUACGCCGAUGAUGGCAACUGGUGGGACGAUGUCGGCCUGUGGGAGCCGUCUAAGAAGCGAUUUCCCUCUGGCUUCAAAACACUCUUGGACAAGAUCAAGUCGAAGGGCCUCACUCCAGGUCUGUGGCUGGAGCCAGAAGUUGUCGGCGUACGUAGUGUCGUCGGGGAUCUCCUGCCCAAGGAUGCCUUCUUCCAAGAGUAUGGCCAUCGCGUCGUUGAAAGAGGGAGAUUCCAGCUCGAUUAUCGCCACGAGCAGGUAAUUUCAUGGAUGAACAAGACGAUUAAGCGCCUUGUCGUCGAUUACGGGGUGGGAUUCUUCAAGUUUGACUACAACAUCGAGGUCGUUCAAGGCACCGACGCUCGUGGGCGAUCAUCUGCUGGAGCAGAGCAUCUGGAACACCAGCGAGCAUACCUUGCAUGGGUGAGGUCUCUGCUCGACAGAUAUCCUGGCCUUGUUAUCGAGAACUGCUCUAGUGGCGCGCAGCGCAUGGAGUAUGCCAUGCUAGCUGUUCAUCCUCUCCAAUCAACCAGCGACCAACAGGACCCAGCGUUGUACAGCGCUAUUUCGGCCGCGGUUCCAACCGCCGUCACUCCCGAGCAAAGUGCGUCGUGGGCAUACCCGCAAGCUGAAUGGGACGAUGAGUUGAACGCAUUUACCGUGGUCAACAGCCUGCUCGGACGCGUCUACCUCAGCGGUCGCCUAGACAACCUCAGUGUCGAACAACUGAACUUAGUUGUAGAGGGCAUGGAUGUUUACAAGCUGAUACGUCAUGAUAUCAAAGACGCCCACGCUACCUGGCCCCUUGGACUGCCACGAUGGCAUGACAACUGGCUCUCUUUGGGCCUUGUGUCAAAGUGCAAUGGAACGUAUCUUGCUGUGUGGCGAAGAGGCGGGCCUACAGAGAUCGAUAUACCGCUCAAGGCUCUACCUCGUUCCGACAAGACACACGUAAAGGUGUUGUAUCCAACAAGUAUGAGCACUGAGGUAGUGAUGAAGGACGAUGCGUUGACUGUGAAGCUACCAGAAGCCGUCUGCGCUCGGUUGCUUCACAUAUAUGAAGCAUGA